ACACACAUACAUUGUUCACCGAUGUUUACCACUUAGCAAUAGAUAAGCAAAUGCGCACGUUACGAUAAUAGCCUUUAAACGGAAUUCGAAGCAGUUUAUCUGUAUAAUGCAUAAAUUCUUUUGCUGAAGUACAUGAUAAUUAAUACUUUGCUCUUUUCUUUUACAAAAAGUGAAAAUUGCAUGUAAAAUCGCAACUAAUCUAGUUAAUUAUUUUCGAGCUGCGGUACGAGUAUUUCAUGAACUUGCAUGACGUUCGUUUUGGUCGUCAUCGUCCAAAAAUACCAAAAGACUUUAUCGUAUAAAGAUCGAUUGAUGUGCAACCGUAAAAAUUAAGCUGUUUAAUUCAAUAUAAAAUUGUGUUUGACAUCGUUACGAUGGAUAAAACAGUAACAAUAGGUGACGGAUGGGAACUGCCACCUCUUCGUAGUUUAUAUGAUUUUCUCUUGGAAUCCUCACGUUUUCAACUACCUAAUUUUAGAGAUUUCGAAAAAUGGGGCAACAGAGUAGCGAAUAAUCUUGUGUAUUAUCAAACCAAUUAUCUUUAUAUGUCCAUUGCUAUUUUAUUGGUUGUAGCAUCGGUGCAUCCAAUGAAGAUGAUUGUUGGUAUAUCAGCGCUCAUGGCAGUAUGGGCUGAAUGUACUUAUUUGUUUAGCGAAAAAGAAUCAUUGCUUAAAUUCAAAAGAACCUAUCCUCAAGUUGGAGUAGUUCUUACUAUUAUUUGUGCAGCUUAUGUUCUUUAUACUAUAAACUCAGUCCUUCUCGUAUUAUUUGGUAUUUUACUCUCAUUUUGUGUGACCUUUAUACAUGCAUCUUUGAGAUUAAGGAAUGUGAAGAACAAAUUUGUCAACAAGAUUGAGGGUAUGGGACUCAAACGUACGCCAAUGGGAGUUGUCUUAAAUUGUUUUGAACAUGAGACCGGUAUAACUUUACGUACACAAACAACGUAUACUCACUCGGUUCACUAGUAAUCUGCUUCAUACAACAAAUUGUAACAACGUUUGGCAGUGAAUAUGUGUCAAUAAUAUUUGGAUGCUGCCUAAAGUCACAAAAAAAUGCUUUUGGACAAUUAGGUAAGAACUACAUAUUUAAAAUGUUUCGUAAAUUUGCAAAUAAAACUACAUUAUUAAUUUACUUAAAUAAGACCUAACUUAACAUUCAUUUAUUUAUAUAUAUAUUAUAUAUUUAUAUAUAUAUAUACAUAUAUAUACAUCUAUAUAUAUAUAUAUAUAUAUAGAUAUAUAUAUAUAGAUAUAUAUCUACCUAAAGUAAUAAUUGUAUUUAAGUAUAGCGCUUCUCUACAACGAACAGAUAUAGAUUAUAAAUUUUCAUAAUUAUUUAAAAUAUGGUGAAUCAUUUCAAUAUACAACUGACAUACAUUGUAUUAAACAUAUAUAUAAUUUUUAUAGAAUAAUAUAAUUAAAUAAUUCUAUUUUAUAUAAAUCUUACAACAUAUGUAAAAUAAGGAUAAAAUAAGUACUAUGUAAUGUAUAAUUUUUUUAUUUAAAAAUAGAAAUAAAACUUUUGUUCGGUUUUUUAAAAUUUCUGUAUCUUUUAUGUGAAGAUACAUUGACAAGUAGUUUAGAAAAUUUUUAAUACAAAAUGUUCGAAGCUAUCUUGGGG